ACUCCUCUCUCUCUCUCUCUCUCUCUCUCUCUCUCUCUCUCUUUCUCUCUCUCUGCUCCAAUUCUCUCUCUAGGGUUUCGAGGGGCGAUCCAUGGCGACGCUCGACACGGACAUCAACAUGGUCCCGGCCGGCGAGGGAUCGAGCUCCGCAGCGCCCUCCUCCUCGUCCGGCGCCGGCGCCGUCGCGAAGAAGCCGAAGCGCUUCGAGAUUAAGAAGUGGAACGCCGUCGCCCUCUGGGCCUGGGAUAUCGUCGUGGACAACUGCGCCAUAUGCCGGAACCACAUCAUGGAUCUCUGUAUUGAGUGCCAGGCUAAUCAAGCUAGUGCGACGAGCGAGGAGUGCACGGUUGCUUGGGGCGUAUGCAAUCACGCAUUCCACUUCCACUGCAUCAGCCGGUGGCUCAAAACUCGCCAAGUUUGCCCACUGGACAACAGCGAAUGGGAGUUCCAGAAAUACGGGCACUAAGAUUUCCGCCCUCGUCGAAAAAGGAUACUGCUUCCUCGGCGCAGCUUCUUUGCGUUAUGUUUUAUUUAGAACUACUCCGUAAAGAACGAGCUGUUAUUAUGCAUUACCGUAGAUUUAACUCUUCGAGGUUUGUUUCCAUUAAAAGCGUGAAUGUUCGCCCCC